CACGCCGCCGUCCCCUCAAACCACCACCCACCAUGUCCGCUCAGCGCAGCCUUCUUCGCCUGACCCAGCAGCUGCGUGCUGCUCCGGUCCGCGCCAACGUUCAGCGCCGCCUUGCCCACACCGAGUCCAAGCUCCCCUCGUGGGCCGCCGACAACGCGUUCAACCGUGAGAGAGAGGCCGUCAAGCACCACGCUGCUGCCACCAGUGACCUCUGGCGCAAGCUCUCCAUCUACGCCGUCGUCCCCGUCGUGAUCCUCGGCGGCAUCAACGCCUACAACCUCUGGGAGGAGCACUGGGAGCACUGGGAGCACAUGCCCCCUCUCGAGGAGCGCACCGAGUACCCCUACCAGAACGUCCGUGUCAAGAACUUCCCCUGGGGAGACGGUGACAAGACCAUCUUCUGGAACUCCAGCGUCAACUACCACAACAAGGACAAGGCCACCUAAAUGGCUAGUCGUCGGAUGACGGGCUUGUAGCUCCUCGGGGAGCUUCUCGGUCGUAGACCGGAUGCCGGAGGACCAAAUGUACAUUUAUUGCGGAAUCUGCAGAAUGUAGAGGAA